CUUUCCUUUAUCUGAGAUCAUGCGCUUGAAGCAGAUUUCCUUCCUUUGGCUCAGCGUUCUGAUCUGCUUAUUGUUCGCAACUCAAGCGCAAGCUGGUUUUUUGGAUUGGUUAACCGGCGGUAAAGAUGAACCUUCCUCUACAUCAUCCGAGCCUUCCCCUUCCUCCAGCUCUGCGGAACAAAGUACGCAACAUUCAUCGGUCCCAGUCCCCACCUCCAGCGACGACGUGCCUAAACCUACCAGUUCAUCGGCUUUACCACCUAAAACUUCUUCGAGCAGCCCUCAAUUACCUCCCUCCACUCCAGCUUCGUCCAUCGUCGCUUCUUCUUCCCAUCCUGUGUCUUCGCGUCCUCCCAAAGAAUCGGUUCACUCUAGUUCCGCCAUCUCCUCUUCGGCUAAACCUCCAUCAGAUAGCGUGCAGAGUAGCAAUUCGCAAAGCAGCAGCUCUUCUGCCACGCCCUCUGCACAGCCAACGGAUGCCAAUUCCAACGAUAAAGGAGGAAAUAAUAACACUGGUGUCAUUGUUGGUUCGGUCUGUGCAUUCGUAGCGGUUCUCGGAGCUGGUUUUGGUUAUGCCUUCUUUUCCAAAGUUCGACGCAACAACCGUAAGAAGCGUCUCUUUACGGAUCAACCCUCCAACGACUUCCCUUCGCAAAACCCAUAUGCCAGCACCGUGGAUUACGAAAAUCGACCUUCACCGGCCAUGACCGCAGCGGCUAUCGCCGCAGCUGACAGUAUUCACGCUAGCAAACACCAAGGAUGGGAACAUGAACAACCUCCUCCACCACCUAUGGCUCAAUACGGCAACUACGGUCAUGGAUACAUGUCACCGCAAAUGCCUCCUGCGACUCGUGAUGCCUACUAUUCACCGCCCAUGCCCGCGCAAGCAUUGAGUCCAACCAUGAAUUAUCCCGAUGCGGCCAUCUCGGGCGCUUACUAUGCAGCUCCUCAAGGUUAUCCAUACUAUGAUCCAUCCUAUGUCCAUUACGGCGAUCCUUAUGCAACUCAUCCAAAUAUGUUGCAUACUCCUAGCAUCCCUGCUGUACCAGCCGAUCCGAUUUACUCUGCUCCUAACGCCUACGACGAACCGGAAACAGCUUCCACACAACAGAGACCUCAGAAUCCGAACCAUCGAUAAAGAAGAGUCGUCAAGCUUCCUUCUUACAAACCUGUAUACAGAUAUUGGUAGUAUCUGUGCCAUACGAUUAUAUUUUUAUCCUUAGUGUUUAAGCCGGGGUUAUCAUUUACACAUGCUGUAUAUUUUACCCCAUUGUCCGACCAUCAUCUACCGAACCGGAUUAAAAAACACAGUAAUCAUAUAUAAUUUAUUCGUUAGCCUAUUUUUUUGUAUAACUUUUUUCUUUUUAUGAUAGAUCAUAUGUAUUUGUAGACCAUAGUAAAUAUUUUUUUUUUUUUUUUUUU